AUGCCAAAAACAAACAAACGAUCUGUGAAACAGAAGCUAGCAGCAGACAGAUUAAGAAAACGGACACGGAAUGCUCAAUCACUACCAUACAGUUGUGAAACAUUUUUGAGGUUGAUUGCUGAUGAAAGCAAUGAGAUUCCAGAUGACAUUGUAGUUGCCUCAUUGAACCUCAUGAAUGCACUCAGUACUGUGAAUUCCAAAAUGUGUGUUGGACUUUACUCUCCAGCUCAGUUACAUCUUGCAUCAGUUGAUAAAUCAAUUGUAUUGCCACCACCACCUUUGGACAAAGACAUACUGAACAUCCAUCCCCUUACCAGACAUUGGGUUUGUACAUUUUACAAAGCUGAUACAAGACAGCUGUACAUAUAUGACUCUUUACAGUCUAAUGACCACAUUAGAGACGUGAAACACCAGUUAGCAUGUGUGUAUCCUCAACGCAUAAUUAGUUCGCUCAAAAAUGUCAAUGUCUCCCAACAAGGAACUAAUCCAAUGUGUGGAGUGAUGGCUAUAGCAUUUGCUUUCACUUGUUUUCUGGGACUAGAUCCUGCAGCUGUACAAUAUGACUUGACAAAGGCUAGAUGCCAUUUGAAACAUUGUUUAUCAACAGCUCAAGUACUUCCAUUCCCUGUGAAAGAAAAUACAGAAAAUAUGCAAUGGCUACAAAAGUAUUUAGCUGAUCAACUUCAGUAUAAACUUUCAGCUACUGCCUUAAGAAAGCGUAGAUCGAGACAAAAUAAGGAUGUGCAUGAGCGUGAACAAUUGGCACAAAGACUUCACAAACAGAUGGCUAGGUCUGAUUCCAAUAAACAUGAAAAGCUUAAGCAGACAGACAAUCAGUCCAAACGGAAAGCCAGGGCUGAUCCUCAUAAAUGUGUGAAACUGAAACAGACGGACAGCCAGUCGAAACGGAAAGCCAGAGUUGAUCCUGAUAAACGUGUGAAACUGAAAAACAUAGCAAUGGACUGUAAAAGGAAGGCCAGAGCUCAUGCCCAUAAACAUAAAAAGCUUAAAGAGACAGACUGUAUAAACAUAGACCUCAGCAAUGUGACAUCCACAACAGAACCUAUACUGGCUCAACCGGAUGAUCCUGUUACAUGUACAGACCAAUCAACUGGAGAUACUUCACAAAUGCAACAGAGCUCACAGCCUGGUAUUCACAUAGACCUCAGCAAUGUGACAUCUACAACAGAACCUACACUGACUCUACCAGAUGAUCCUGUUACAUGUACAGACCAAAUAAGUGGAGAUACUUCACAAAUGCAACAGAGCUCACAGCCUGAUUCAGAUGACUGCAGUGAAGACAUCCAUGAAACAUCUGCCCCUAUGGUAUCAUGCCUUGAACCAGAAGAUUUAACACAAACAUUAGGACCUGAAGAAAUACCAGAUUCGGUCUUUUGUGUUGCGCCUGGCCAAGGUUCAAUUCCAGUGACUGUAUUCAACAUGGAGUCCAAGGCAUUUCCAUAUUUAUUCCCCACAGGGAGAAACACCUACAAUCAAGAUCGUGCCAUUAAACUUGGACUAAACCGAUACUUCAACAACAGAUUGUUCAAUGCAGAUUUACGGUUUGCUAGUGAUCCGCAGUUUAUCUUUUACAGCCAGUAUAUCUCUGAAUUGAACAUCAUAAAUAACUCUGUCUCUAUAGCUAUGCGGAAAGGUUCAUCCCAUACAUUUGAUCAGCAGCAUAUAACAGCAACACAACUUAGAGAUCCAGAGACAAGGAAACAAAUACUCACGUCUGAUAAAGGUUACCAUUUUCUGUCAACUUCACGUGGUUCACCUCCUUACUGGGAAAAAACAUUGAAGGAUUUAUUUGCAAUGGUGCGACAACUCAACAUUCCAACUUGGUUCUGCAGUUUCUCAGCUGCAGAUAGACGCUGGCCUGAGAUAGUAACAGCAAUAUGCACUCAGCAAGGUAAACCUGUUCCUGAGGACUUGGAUUGGCCUACAUACACAAAUAUAAUCAACAGUAACCCAGUCACAGCUUGCCGAAUGUUCCAGAACCGUGUCCUGGCAUUUAUUACUGAACUUAUACUCUCCCCAGCACAACCUAUUGGACAAGUGUCUGAUUUCUUCUACAGGACAGAGUUCCAAAGCAGAGGAUGGCCGCAUAUUCAUUGUUUAUUUUGGUGUUCAGAUGCCCCUUCGUUUGAUCUAAACACUGGAAGCAAUCAAGACUUUGUUAGGUAUAUUGACAAAUACAUCACCUGCUCCCUUCCUGAUAAAGAAACAGAUCCUGAGUUGUUUGAAAUAGUUACUAGUGUGCAGAUGCAUUCAAAAAGACAUUCAAGAUCAUGCAAAAAGGGAAGCAAACCCUGCAGAUUUAACUUUCCUAGGCCAGUCUCUUCAAGUACCUUCAUUGCUGUUCCAAAAGACGCUCCUGAAAGUGUUCCCCCAGCAACAUACAAAAAAGCUGCAAUUGAUACAUUGUCUGCUGUUUACGAUAUGAUUAACACCUCCCAAGAAGAAGAUACUGAAACAACAGUGUCAGACAUAUUUGAAAGUCUGAAUAUAACACAAGAUAUGUAUCAAGCUGCUCACUGUGCGAUAGCAAAGAAAAAUACUGUCAUUUACAAGAGGAAUAUCCCGGAAUGUUGGAUAAAUCCAUAUAACUCCGACUUACUAAGAGCCUGGAAUGGAAACAUGGAUAUCCAACCAGUUCUUGAUGCAUAUAGUUGCAUCAUGUACAUUGUAAGUUAUAUUUCUAAAGCUGAAAGAGAACUUGGAGAUCUGCUCAGAAAUGCCCAGAAGGAAGCCAAGGAAGGCCAUCUUCAACCUGUACAGCAGCUCCGAAAAUUAGGUAAUGUUUACCUAAAUUCCCGAGAGGUCAGUGUCAUGGAAGCAGUAUACCGUGUAACUGGCAUGCAUCUCAAACAAUCCUCACGUCAAGUUGUGUUCAUUCCUGUAGACAGACAUUCCGCCAAAAUAAGCAAGCCACUUAAAUGGUUGAAAGAAGAAGAUGAAAACAUAUGGAUGACGACUUUGAUUGACCGUUAUCUUGCAAGACCUGCUUCACCUGAUUUUGAACAAUUAUGCCUUGCAGAAUUUGCUCGUGACUAUUCUGUAAAGGACAGGAGUAAUCCGGACACAGAUGAUCAUACUGAUCACUCAGCAAAUACUGAUCACUCUAAUGUCUACAAACUGCAAAAUAAUAUGGGCACCAUCAUGAAAAGGAAGAAGGCUGCAGUAAUUAGAUACAUGAAAGUGAACAAGAACAAAAAUUCUGAAGAUUACUACCACAACAUGUUGAGACUUUACUUACCUCAUCGUACUAAAGACUUCAAACCUAUCAAUUGUGAAACCUAUGAACAAAUGUUCCACCAACUGUCUGAUACUGUGCUACCACUCAUAUCACAGUUUGAAAAACUCUCACAAGAUCUAGAUGAAGCUUGGCGAUCGCUACAAGAACAUGGUUAUCCUGAUGAUGCAUGGGCAGACUUAGCACCAAAUCAAGAACCAUCUAGACGUGAACUGGAUGAAGAACUGCGGAAUGCAAUGGAGCUUUUUACAGGUAACGCACAGGAAAUACCACAAGAAGAUAUUCCUGAUUUUUAUCCAAAUCAAACAACUACAGCUAUGAUUCACCAUAGUGAUUCCCAGCAUACGCCGUCCUGUUCUCGUAUGGAGCAAACAAACCGACUUAGAAACAUGAAUUAUCACCAGGCUCAGAUCUUUCACUUCAUAAAAACAUGGGCACAUAUUAAAGAACGUGGUGACAGUGUCAAACAAUUCUACAUUUUCUUAACUGGAGGAGCAGGUACUGGCAAAUCCUUCACAAUUAAAACUAUCUAUCAUGAACUUAACCGAAUCUUGACCAGGGCUAGUGGAAAUCCCGACCUACCUGUUGCUUUGCUUGUGUCAUACACAGGCACAGCUGCUUUCAACAUAAAUGGUCAGACUAUUCACUCUGCUUUCUCCAUCAACAGAGGAAUGUCUAAAGUAUUACCAGAGGAUUCUGCAAACACACUGCGCUCAAACCUUCAAGAUCUGCAGGUAUUGAUCAUUGAUGAAGUGUCUAUGGUUCCCAUAGACCUUUUAAACCUGAUACACUGUAGACUUCAGCAGGUAAAACAGCCAUUUGCUCCAUCAGCUUACUUUGGCAAUGUGUCUAUACUAGCAGUUGGAGAUUUCUAUCAGAUUCCUCCUGUUGCUAAAAAAUCUUUGCUCUCAAACAACACUUCACUGACUGACCUUUGGAGUUUAUUUCAUAUCUGGGAGCUAACUGAAGUUGUACGACAAAAAGGUGACCAGGAAUUCAUUGCAUUGUUGAACAGGUUACGGGUGCGCAGGAAACAUGAAGCUCUUACAACAGACGAUGAAACAUUUCUGCGGAGUUGUAUUGUAAGUAAAAAUGACCCUAGUUAUCCAAGAGACAAACUUCAUAUUGCCCCCCUCCAUCGGCAGCUCAAUGAACAUAAUGAAUUCAUGCUAACUCAGAUGUCAGAAACACACACAAUGUAUAACCUUCAAGCAGCAGACAUGUGUCAUGACAGUAAAACAGAGAAGACUUUUAAACGAAACCAGCCACUUGAUUUGAAAGACACUAGCCUUCCAGCAAAUCUCACUAUUUGCUGUGGAGCUAGAGUAAUGCUUACAAUGAACAUCAAUGUAUCUGAUGGAUUUACCAAUGGUGCCAUGGGGACAGUCACAUCUGUCAUUGCAAGAAAAAUGCCUCUUGGACUUCCUGAUGCCAUUUGUGUCUUAUUUCAAGAAGAAAGUGUAGGGUUGCAGUCACGCAAUUCUCUGAAACCACCACAUGAGCAUAGCUCCUCGACUGUUAUAGUGCCACAAACGGAAAUUAUUCAGAGAAGACCGUUCCAAGUGACAAGACACCAGUAUCCAUUAAUGCUUGCGUGGGCUGUAACAACCCACAAAAUUCAAGGUGCAACUGCUGAUUCCGCUGUGGUCUCUCUCGAUGGUGCAUUUAAACCAGGAAUGGCUUAUGUUGCACUCAGUCGUGUAACCUCCUCUUCUGGUCUUCACCUACUGCAAGACCAUUUCAACACAGAUGUUAUCUACUGUGAUCACACAAUCGAAGACAAGUUGCGCAAUAUCCCCAGAGCAAAUAUGUUAGAAAACUGGAAUACCUUGAUGCCCAAGACCAACAUUGAUCACUCUGGAUGUAUUUACAUUGCCAGUCACAACUGUGAAGGUCUAAUCCCUCAUCUUCAAGAUGUCAACUCCAGUCUCUUCUUAAAACACAUGGACAUUAUUGCUCUACAAGAAACAUGGUUGAAACAACAAAUUCAAUUCACAAACCCAUUCCCACUCCACCGACAGUUUCUGUCCUACAGGCAGUAUCGACCAAAUCAUGAAGGUGUAUAUGCAAAAGGAGGUGUGGCUUUAUACAUCCAUCAAGAUUUCACCAGCACAUUAAUUGAUACAACCGCAACUUCAAUUGAAUGUGUUGCAGUUGAACUUUCAGAUAUAUCCACAAGUGUAUAUUGUGUAUACAGACCACCAAACACUUCAUGUAAGCACUUUGCUACUCAGCUCUCCAACCUCCUACAUAGGAGUCCCACUCCAAGGACCAUAAUUGUUGGUGAUUUCAAUCUUGAUCUAUAUCAAGCUACUGACAGUGAUCUAAAUAUGUGUUUUCAAGAAUAUUCUCAGAUCAUCCAACAACCUACUACCGCAGGGAGGACACUCCUAGAUCACAUGUAUAUUAAAAACAUAAACUGCAAGGAAUCUGGUGUUAUUCCAACACAUUACAGCUACCAUGACAUGACAUUUGCUGUUUUCGCAAAUCCCAAUUUGGAACAUUUACAAUAA